AUGGACAUCCCCAUUAGCACCAGAGACUUCCGCUGCCUGCAGCUGGCCUGUGUGGCCCUUGGCCUGGUGGCCGGCAGCAUCAUCAUCGGUGUCUCCGUGUCCAAGGCUGCCGCUGCUGUGGGUGGUAUCUUUCUUGGUGCUGCUGGGCUCGGGCUCCUCAUCUUCGCCUACCCCUUCCUGAAGGCUCGGUUCAACCUGGACCACAUCCUACCUGCCAUCGAUGGGAAUUUGGGGUGCUCUCAUCCUGCAGGAAACCUGAGAGUCCAUCCUAACUCAGGACCAGACCAUGGGGAGGGAAGAUCUAGCAACAACGGCAAUAAAGAAGGAGCCCGCGGCGGCCUGUCCACGGUGACCAGAACCCUGGAGAGGCUGAAGCCCGGAGGCCGGGGAACUGAGGAGGGCUGA